UUCUAGGGUGCAGUAGAGCCCAUGCAGAUUGACGUAGAUCCACAAGAAGAUCAGCAAAACGCACCUGAUAUCAACUAUGUGGUGGAGAACCCCACUCUGGAUUUGGAGCAGUAUGCAUCCAGCUACAGUGGUCUGAUGCGAAUUGAGCGGCUGCAAUUUAUUGCUGAUCACUGCCCACAGCUGCGUGUGGAAGCUCUCAAGAUGGCACUGUCAUUUGUCCAGAGAACUUUCAAUGUUGAUGUGUAUGAAGAAAUCCACAGAAAGUUGUCUGAGGCCACCAGAGAACUGCAGAAUACACCUGAUGCUAUCCCUGAUAGUGGAAUUGAACCCCCUCCUCUUGACACAGCUUGGGUUGAAGCUACACGCAAAAAAGCUCUUCUUAAACUGGAGAAACUCGACACAGAUCUGAAAAAUUACAAAGGGAACUCCAUCAAGGAGAGUAUCAGGAGAGGCCAUGAUGACUUAGGUGAUCAUUACCUUGACUGUGGGGACCUCAGCAACGCUCUGAAGUGUUACUCGCGAGCCCGUGAUUACUGCACCAGUGCUAAACAUGUUAUCAACAUGUGUCUCAAUGUCAUCAAGGUCAGUGUCUACCUCCAGAAUUGGUCUCAUGUUCUGAGCUAUGUAAGCAAGGCUGAGUCUACACCAGAAAUUGCAGAACAAAGAGGAGAAAGAGACAGCCAGACACAAGCAAUUCUCACCAAACUGAAAUGUGCAGCAGGCUUGGCUGAACUAGCUGCUCGGAAGUAUAAACAGGCAGCAAAGUGCUUCUUGUUGGCAUCAUUUGAUCACUGUGAUUUCCCUGAGCUGUUAUCUCCCAGCAAUGUGGCUGUGUACGGUGGUCUCUGUGCCCUCGCAACCUUUGACCGACAGGAACUGCAACGAAAUGUUAUCUCCAGCAGCUCCUUCAAAUUGUUUUUGGAGCUGGAGCCACAGGUUCGUGACAUCAUCUUCAAGUUUUAUGAAUCUAAAUAUGCUUCAUGCCUGAAGAUGCUGGAUGAGAUGAAGGACAACCUGCUGCUGGAUAUGUACCUUGCACCUCAUGUCAGGACACUUUAUACCCAGAUUCGAAAUCGUGCCCUUAUCCAGUACUUCAGCCCCUAUGUAUCAGCCGAUAUGCGCAAGAUGGCCACUGCCUUUAAUACCACAGUGGCUGCUCUGGAAGACGAACUUACUCAGCUGAUCCUGGAGGGACUGAUCAAUGCCAGAAUAGACUCGCACAGUAAGAUUCUUUAUGCUCGAGAUGUAGAUCAGCGCAGCACAACUUUUGAGAAGUCUUUACUAAUGGGCAAAGAGUUUCAGCGACGUGCCAAAGCUAUGAUCCUGCGAGCUGCAGUCCUGCGCAACCAGAUACACGUCAAGUCUCCUCCGAGAGAAGGUAGCCAAGGGGAGCUUACUCCAGCUAACAGCCAGUCCAGGAUGAGCACCAACAUGUGAAAAACUUCAUGCACUACCAAAAGAAAUGGUCCCUCCAAGACUGUACCCAGUAUCUCACCCACUAACUGCUGAGCUUCACAAACUGUCCCUGUCUCCCUCACUUCUUGCUCGGACUGAGAGGGUCAGGGCUGAUGGUGGAUAAUAUGAAUAUUCCAGUAACUUCAAUUCUCCUUGAAAAGAAAUUCUUUCUAAAAACAGCAUCCCUGCAAUGGGUCGUCAUUUCAAUUUUGGUAGAACAUCUUCCUUCAUUCUCCUUCCUCCACCACUCCAUAAAGAGCUGUCAGGUUAUUCAUACAGAUGCUGAUUCAAGGGUUUUUCAGCUGCUAUUAGUUUUCUUGUUUCAAAGCUGCAAAAAUAGUUAGUGUUGAGUUGAAUGGACAGGUGUGCUCUAAUAUGAAUUUUGCUGGCCUGAAAGUAUUGCCUUGAUUUUGAGCAAUGCUGAACUUUCUGUGUAUUCCAGAUAAACUUACACAUACAUUGCUCUCAAUUAUGGAGCUAGAGUUCUGAUGGGAGAG